AUGUUCGUGUUCAAUCGUGACUUUGAUCCACAAAACAUUGCAAAUGUAUCUCCACCGCCAUAUAAUCAACAGGGGAUGCAGUACCCACCGAACUAUCAACAAGCACCUCCUGGUUACCAGUAUCCUAUGCAGGGACAGCCCGGGUACCCAGGGGCACCAGGAUAUCCAGCCCAGGGUUACCCCGGGCACCCUGGACAUGGGUCGGGAUAUCCAGCAUCACCACCAACACCUGGUAUCGCAGAUAUGGCGUGCUGUGCAUCAUGCAUGGCUUGUCUCAGCUGUCUCCUCUGUUCGUGCUGUCAGAAUCUGAUGGGGGGUGGAAUGGGUCACAAUGGAGACCACUAUAACGACGAAAGUCAAGGUGAAGAACACGCUGAUGUGGAGCCACCACAUACAACUCAUGAUGAUGAGAGAUGA